UGUGAUUUUUUUUCUUAUAUAUACACAAACUACCUACUGAUUCAGCAUUCAACCUUCAAUAGAAUCUCUCUGUAGGCAUAGAUUGAGUAGUCAUGGAGGCAGUAAAUGGAACUGAUCUUCCAGUUAUCGAUCUCUCUCUUUUUCCCUCACAAAAUGUUGAUCAAAACCUGCAAAGCCAAGAGUUUAAUGAGCUGAGGAAGGCUUGCCAGGAGUUGGGUUUCUUCCGGGUGAUCAACCAUGGAAUUAAUCCAACUCUUAUUCAAGCAGUAGAGAGCAGGAUAAGAGAUAUUUUUGCAAUGCCUUCUGAAAUUAAGAACAGAGCUGUUUUCCCCAUUUUCAACACUGGGUAUGGCCCAUCUGUAGUAGAUGAUGUCACAAAAGACUCCACGCCUGAGAACAUGAUCUUUCCAUGGGAUCACCUGCUUCCCAACUCGGUUGAGAAAAUCUCAGCCAAACUAUGGCCACAAGGAAACCCUGCAUUCUGCGAGGAGUUGAAUGCGUACAAAACCCAAGUGAGGGAGCUUUCUCAUAGGAUUCUGAAGCUCCUUGUUUGGAGUCUGGGUGUGGACAUUUCCAGCCAGUCUGCAUCACAACUGUUUGAGAAAUCCCAUGGAAAUCUUCGGAUGAAUUACUAUGACAAGAGCACUGAAAAGGAGAUGAUCUCCAAAGCUCACACAGACGUUUCAUGCCUCACAGUACUGUAUCAAGAUGAUGUUGGAGGUCUCCAGAUCAGAACUAAGCAAGGAAAAUGGAUGGAUAGUAAGCCUAUGCCUGGAUCUUUCGUUAUUAACAUUGGUGACAUUUUACAGAUGUGGAGUAAUGGGACAUAUCGUAGUGCUGAACAUCGUGUAGUAUAUGGAAAAUCAAACAAAAAUAGGUUAUCAAUGGCCUAUUUUCAUGAUUUUCUGGAUGAAUUUGAAAUCCGUUGUCCAGAAGAGAUGAUUGACCAAGAGCGUCCACAAUUGUAUAAAGUAGUUACAAAAGGAGACAUUGUGGCAUAUUAUAAGAAAGCAGGUCCAAAUUUGUACACUCCUCUACACUUUAAAUUGCAGUAGAAUAACUUAUAAUUAAAUAAGAUAGCUCCAUCUAAUAUCAUAUUUGGAAGUUUGUAA